AUGUCCACCAAGCAAAGGGCUCCUAGGACCGCCAUCGUCAUUGGAGCUGGUGCAGGAGGCAUUGCGACUGCUGCCCGCCUUGCCAAAGCCGGCUACCAUGUGACGGUCGUGGAGAAGAAUGACUUCACCGGCGGCCGGUGCAGCUUCCUCUACUCUUCUCCCUCGCAAGGGGCCGGCAAAGGGGAGAAGUCAGGUCAAUAUCGCUUCGACCAGGGGCCCUCGCUGCUUCUUCUCCCAAAUCUCUUCCGUGAGACCUUCCACGACCUGGACACCAGUCUAGAGGAUGAAGGCGUGGAUCUCCUGCGCUGUCCAGUGAACUACCAGAUAUUCUUCCACGAUGGACACAUCUUCCGGCCCACAACAGACCUGGCCCAGAUGAAGCGCCAGAUCGAGCACUAUGAGGGAAAGGACGGGUUCGAGCGGUAUCUGGGGUGGAUGGCCGAAUCACACCAGCACUACGAGCUGAGCGUCGAGCAUGUGCUGCACAAGAACUACGACAGCAUCGUGACUGUCCUGACGCCCUUUUUUGCCAGGAUGGCGCUCAAGUUGCACCCGUUUGAGAGCAUCUACAGCAGGGCAAGCAGGUAUUUCCGGACCGACAGGCUCAGGCGCGUCUUCACCUUCGCGACCAUGUAUAUGGGGAUGAGCCCGUACGACGCACCGAGCACAUACUCCCUGCUGCAGUACACCGAGGCCGCCGAAGGGAUCUGGUAUCCCCGUGGUGGGUUCCAGACUGUGCUAGCCAGGCUGGUCGAUGUCGGUGUGCGGUUGGGCGUGACGUAUCGGCUGUCUACGCCGGUGAAACAGAUAUUAACGACGCACGACGGCAGUGCGGCGGCAGGCGUGGUGCUCGAGAACGGCGAGACGUUGCAGGCAGACACGGUGGUCAUCAAUGCAGAUCUGGUCUAUGCUUACAGUAACUUGUUCCCCGCCCCUAGCAACAAGGAGGAUGGUCUCGUCAAAUCUGCCACCAACAAGAUCAUCGAAAACUACGCCAGGUCCCUCAGGAAGCGAGACGCCUCCUGCUCCUCCAUCUCCUUCUACUGGAGCCUGUCCCGCAAGGUACCCGAGCUAGGCGUUCACAACAUCUUCCUCGCGGACGAGUACAAGGACUCAUUCGACGCCAUCUUCAAGCGGCAGACCCUGCCAGACGACCCGAGCUUCUACGUCAACGUGCCCAGCCGCAUCGACCCGAGCGCGGCGCCGGAGGGCUGCGACGCGGUGAUCGUGCUGGUGCCGGUGGGCCACCUGCUCCGCUCCCGGGGCAACGAAGGCGAGACCACCGCCACGGAGCACGACUGGCCCGCGGUGGUGGCGCGCGCGCGCGAGGCCGUGCUGCGCACCAUCUCGGCGCGGGCCGGGUGCGAGCUGGGAAGGUACAUCGUCGACGAGAUGUGCAACACGCCGUACACGUGGGAGGACAAGUUCAAUCUCGACAAGGGCGCCAUCCUCGGCCUCAGCCACAACUUCUUCAACGUCCUGUGCUUCCGGCCCACGAUCAGGGCCAAGGGGCUGAGGAACACUUACUUUGUCGGUGCGAGCACGUACCCCGGCACGGGCGUGCCUAUUGUGCUGGCCGGCGCCAAGAUCACGACGGAGGAGAUAUUAAAGGAUGCUGGGAUAACACCUCCCUGGGCGCAGAAGGCGCCCGUGGUGCAGGAUCACGGCGUGCCGCAGAAUGGGCGAACCACGGUGUUGGAUCAGGUGAGGUGGAGGGGACUCAUUGAGGAGAAGUUCUGGGAGGUGAUCCUUUCCGUGGGAUUGGUUAUAUUCAGCCUGCUGGUCUGGUUGUCUAGGAACCAGCAGAGUGAGCGGUAUAAGAUUUUGUAA